GUGCCGCUGCUGCGCGCGUCCGUGCUGCUCUGCCUCGCCAUGUCCGCGAUGCUGUUCGCGGAGAAGGUGUACAUGGCCGUGGUCGUCCUCGCGGUGCGGCUGCUGGGCCGCCGUCCCGAGCGGCAAUACCAGUGGGAACCCAUGGGCGACGACGACCCCGAGCUCGGCAGCGCUGCCUACCCCAUGGUCCUCGUCCAGAUCCCCAUGUACAACGAGCGCGAGGUGUACCAGUUGUCGAUCGGUGCGGCGUGCGGGCUCUCCUGGCCGUCCGAUCGGAUCGUCGUCCAGGUGCUCGAUGACUCCACAGAUCCCGUCAUCAAGGAGCUGGUGCAGGUGGAGUGCCGGCGCUGGGCGAGGAAGGGCGUGAACAUCAAGUACGAGAUCCGGGACAACCGGCGCGGGUACAAGGCCGGCGCACUCAAGGAAGGCAUGAAGCACGGCUACGUCAAGGACUGCGACUUGGUGGCCAUCUUCGACGCCGACUUCCAGCCGGAGCCCGACUUCCUGUGGCGCGCCGUCCCCUUCCUCGUCCACAACCCCGACAUCGCCCUCGUCCAGGCUUGCUGGAAAUUCGUGAAUGCAGAUGAAUGCUUGAUGACAAGGAUGCAGGAGAUGUCCUUGGACUAUCACUUUAAGGUGGAGCAAGAAGUGGGCUCCUCGACCUAUGCCUUCUUUGGAUUCAAUGGAACCGCUGGUGUGUGGCGCAUAUCUACUCUGAACGAGGCAGGUGGCUGGAAGGACCGAACCACAGUUGAAGACAUGGACCUGGCAGUCCGAGCCAGUCUCAAGGGAUGGAAAUUUGUGUAUCUUGGUGAUCUCAAGGUAAAAAAUGAGCUCCCAAGUACGUUCAAAGCAUUUCGGUACCAGCAACAUAGAUGGUCGUGCGGGCCCGCAAAUCUGUUCAGAAAAAUGGUGAUGGAGAUCAUCAGAAAUAAGAAAGUGACUCUUUGGAAGAAAAUCCAUGUCGUCUACAGCUUCUUCUUGGUGCGCAAGGUUGUCGCGCACAUUGUGACCUUUGUGUUCUAUUGCCUUGUUAUCCCGGCCACGGUCUUAGUUCCCGAGGUUGAGGUACCAAAGUGGGGUUGUGUCUAUAUUCCAACUAUUAUCACCCUUCUCAAUGCUGUUGGGACUCCAAGGUGCCAAUCAUCUAAACAUCUAUGCAAUUUGUUUAAAAGUUGAUGAACCUACACCUACUCACUUCUGGGAUAGAGACACAUGCAUAUUAACAUGAGAAAUCAUCAAAUGGUGCAGGUCUGUUCACUUAGUUGUCUUUUGGGUACUAUUUGAGAAUGUCAUGUCAUUGCAUAGAGCAAAGGCCACCUUCAUCGGUCUAUUGGA